GCUGGCAGGGCUCCAACCACAACAAGUUCAAAGCCCCUCUCGGAUGGCCAAGUGCAGACCCCAUUUGUGGUCAGUGGCACUUAAAGUUGAAGAUGUGGAGGGCGUGGUGAGAGGCUGAGCAAGCCAUUGGCGGACAUAGCAUGGGGACCCCCAACUUCUCCCUGGAGGCUGAGCUAGGCUGGGAGUCCCCCCCACUGCCUCAUGAAUAGACUUUUCAGGGUUCAAGCCUUUAGGUUCAGAGUCAUGUAAGGAGGAGGAGAAGGGAGGGCAGGUUGCUCAACGGUAGCUCCCUAAUCCCAGCCUGCGCUAAGCCCUCCCUCUAACCUGCACCCUUGGGCUGUUCCAGGAGUGGAAAUGAAGAAGAUCACAGACGCCCACACGCCGUCCAGCCUGACCGUGAACCUGACGCUGUACUACAUGCUCUCCUGCGCCCCCGCCCCGCUGCUCAGCCCCAGCCUGAGCCACAGGGAGCGGGAGCAGCUGGAGUCCACGCUCAACUACGAAGACCACUGCUUCAGUGGCCAUGCCACCAUGCACGCCGAGAACCUCUGGCCCGGGCAGCUGGCCAGUGUCCCGCAGAUCCUGCAGCUGUCCGACCUGUGGAGGCUGACCCUGCAGAAGCGGGGCUGCAAGGGCCUGGUGAGGGUAGGCGCUCCGGGCAUCAUGCAGGGCAUGGUGCUCAGCUUUGGUGGCCUGCAGUUCACGGAGAACCACCUGCAGUUCCAGGCCGACCCCGACGUCCUGCACAACAGCUACGCGCUGCAUGGCAUCCGCUACAAGAGCGACCACAUCAACCUGGCCGUGCUGGCCGAUGCGGAGGGCAAGCCCUGCCUGCACGUGUCUGUGGAGUCCCGAGGCCAGCCUGUGCAGAUCUACGCCUGUGAGGCCGGCUGCCUGGAGGAGCCUGUGGAGCUGACCUCCGCGCCCCAGGGCCACACCUUCCCCGUCAUGGUGACGCAGCCCAUCACGCCGCUGCUGUACAUCUCCACCGACCUCAUGCACCUGCAGGACCUGCGGCACACGCUGCACCUCAAAGCCAUCCUGGCCCACGACGAGCACAUGGCCCAGCAGGACCCUGGCCUGCCCUUCCUCUUCUGGUUCAGCGUCGCCUCCCUCAUCACCCUCUUCCACCUCUUCCUCUUCAAGCUCAUCUACAACGAGUACUGCGGGCCCGGCGCCAAGCCCUUCUUCCGAAGCAAGGUACGAAGCAAGGAAGGGACUGCCCGAACCACCCUCGGGCCGCAGACCUGCGUCAAGAACAAGAUGGAGUGUCUGUGCGCCUGCGCACAGCCCAGUCAGAGGAUCCCAGUGUCUGAGGGGCAGAGGGACCGAGAGCCGCCCGGAGACCUGCUGCCCGGCCCGGGGCCUCCGGAAGCCGCCACCCUUAGUGCCUUGUUGGGGAGCUGCCUGCCGGCGCCGCGCGGGGGGCGGGGCGGGCCCGUGGACUUGGUGUAGCUUUGGGCUUAAUAAAAGGAAUCCACGCGGAAAUACUUGAAACUGAACUCCUCCUUCCACGCCCCGCCUCCGUCCCACCCAGGACACAGGCCCUCUUUGAGGAAACCUGUUUAGGACAAACUGUUCUUAGCCUCCUGUAAUGUGUUCCCUCUCGAAUAAAUGAUUAAUUUAUUUUUGUGGAUUUGGUUGGGUGGCUUUUGCUUGGGCCUCAGUUGGUGAGGCUGGUUGGCGGCACCCCUCUGAGGUGGCCGCACUGCCCUCCAGGCCUGACCCAUCGCCUGUGGAGACCUGUGGGUUUGUACUUUGGGGUAGGGGGUUAACUUUCUAGUAAUGGAUGAUUGUUGGGUUUUGAAAUACCAAAGCUGCUUCCUGUUUUUAAAUAAAUAACUUUCAAAACUUUAA